AUGUUGUUCGAGUUGUCCACAUCUAAUUGCUGCCAAAUCUCGGGGCUAACACCCGACCACCUCACAAAAUCUCCGUUUCCAAGUCUUUGCAUUCAUUUAAGAAAGCACGGAAGUCUAGGUAGACCAUUUUCCCUGUGUCGAACUUUCGGGUCAUUCUAUGUGUUCAGCUGUGAUUUCGAGCCGCACAGAAGCCACAUCACCAAACGCCUUUAUCAUUUAAGGACCGCAUUUCGAACCCCGCAACCAGCAGGCUUAUAUGCCCCCCAACCGUUCACGCGUCACUCAACCAAACAUGUUCCGCAUCUCGGAAACACUCGGAACGAUCUCGGAACGCUGACUGACAACCACUAUCCGGCCAACUUCUUACCCAUGCCGACCAUCGGUAUUGUGGCGUCUUACUCCGGAACGCUCUUGUUCCGUUGUGGAAAUGUUUGGUUCCCCGCAAUGUUCCUGGAAGCUGCUGCAUUAUCGGAGAGAAACUGCAUAAUCACCUUCCUGUUUGGGAAGAGGGACUGUAGAUCCGUGGCUCAAGCCCUCAUUUUUGAUUUCAGGGGAAUGUGGAUAUUGUUUCGAUUCUGGAUUGGUCAUACGAAAGAAAGUGAAUAUACAAACGCUUGGAACAGCUCAUUUACUUACUUUCACAAACAACCACAACGCAACUCCUCUAUCGCGCUCCUCUCAAUUGCUUUCACAAGUCGAUAUCGAUACUGA